CACUACUGCACCGAUGAGCGGACUAAACCUCUGGAAUAAAGCACUGGAACGAGGGUGUCAGGUCGCCCUACUUGUUGAGCGGCGGUGAUUUUUACACGCCCUUCUCCACACCGCAACAGGAUUGCACAACUCUCAGUCCCAAUAGAGGCUCGUCAGGUCGGGGGGACAUGGAUGGGAUGGAUGGGAUGGAGAGCUUCACAUCCUGAUUCCUGAACCAGUGCAGGAUGAACUUGAAAUGAACGAGGAGCCGGAGGAAACAUCUGGGAAUGUAUGAUGAAUUUGACCUCCUCGCAGAUUAUACUGUAAGUGCCAGAAGAAGCGGAACCGUCAUUAGUCUUCGUCUGAGUGGAAACAUGGACACCUUCAGGGAAAGCCUUUUGACUCAACAUGUCCAGGAACUAUGAGCUCCACACCCUGCUGACCACAACAAUAGCAACAGUGCAGACACCAAAAUAUCCCCAGCGUCACGGAAAAAGGCCGUUUAACAGCCUGGCCAGUCAGUAGGGAUGUUGGCCGCCGUGGAACAUGGUCCCAUCCUGUGCAGCGACUCCAACAUCCUCUGCCUCUCGUGGAAAGGCCGGGUGCCGAAGAGCGAGAAGGACAAGCCGGUGUGCCGGCGGCGGUACUACGAGGAGGGCUGGCUCGCCACGGGGAACGGGCGGGGAGUCGUCGGGGUGACGUUCACGUCCAGCCACUGCAGGAGGGACCGGAGCACGCCGCAGAGAAUCAACUUUAACUUACGGGGACACAACAGUGAGGUUGUCCUGGUGCGCUGGAAUGAGCCAUUUCAGAAACUGGCAACCUGCGAUAUGGAGGGAGGUAUUUUCGUGUGGAUCCAGUACGAAGGGAGGUGGUCCGUGGAGCUGGUGAACGACAGGGGAGCCCAGGUGAGCGACUUCACCUGGUCCCAUGACGGCACUCAGGCCCUGAUCGCGUACAGAGACGGCUUCGUGCUGGUGGGCUCGGUCAGCGGACAGAGACACUGGUCCUCCGAGAUCAACCUGGAGAGUCAGAUCAGCUGCGGCAUCUGGACCCCCGACGACCAGCAGGUCUUGUUCGGCACGGCGGACGGCCAGGUGAUCGUGAUGGACUGCCACGGGCGGAUGCUCGCUCACGUCCUGCUGCACGAGUCCGACGGGAUCGUGAGCAUGUCGUGGAACUGCCCCGACUUCCUGGUGGAGGACAGCACGGAGAGCGACACCGACUCCGACGACAGCAUCCUGCCUCUAGCGCGGCGAGUCAAGCCUUUGUUGACAGUCACCUUCUUAUCAGGAGAUAUCAGUCUGAUGAACAACUAUGAUGACCUCUCUCCUGGUGUGAUUCGCUCAGGGCUUAAAGAUGUGGAGGCCCAGUGGUGCUCACAGGGAGACCUGCUGGCGGUGGCCGGCAUGGAGCGACACGGAGUCACUUCUGACUCUGUGUGCACAUCCGUCAUCAGGAAUGCUCUGGUUAAGUUCUACAACGUCCAAGGCGAACACAUCUACACCCUGGAAACACCUGCACAGAGACCCAUCACCACCAUCUGCUGGGGUCACAGAGACUCCCGCCUCUUCAUGGCCUGUGGGCCGGCUCUCUACGUGGUGCGGGUGGAGCACCGCGUGGCCAGCCUGCAGCUCCUGUGCCAGCAGGGCAUCGCCAGCGCCCUGCGCGAGGAGAAGGACAUCGGGAAGCUGAACAUGCCCUCGCUGCUGUGCUCUUACGUCACCACCGCUUUCAUACCCACCAUCAAGCCUCCGAUUCCCGACCCCAACAACAUACGGGACUUCGUCAGCUACCCCACGGCCGGGAACGAGCGGCUCCACUGCACCAUGAAGCGAGCCGAGGACAGUCCCGAGGCGGGCGGGCCCUGCUACACCCUGUACCUGGAGUAUCUGGGGGGCCUGGUGCCCAUUCUCAAAGGACGGCGCAUCAGCAAACUCAGGCCGGAGUUCGUCAUCAUGGAUCCUAAAACUGAUGGCAAGGCAGAGGAGGUGUGCGUGAAUCCCAUGAUCUCGUACGCCGACAGCUGUAACUGCUCCGACUCCAGCGACAUUGACUUGAGCGAUGAAUGGGUCGGGAAGAAGUCGCCCAAGUUAUCCCGGGGAAACAGGUUGAACAUGGACUCAAGAAAAUCUCCCAAACUGUCACGUGCCAACCAGGAAGGCCAGCGGUCGCCACGGCUACCGACGAAGAAGCCCCCGGUCCGGUCCCCCAGUCUGACGCGGCGAGAGUUCACCAUGGACGGGAUCACAGAGCACAAUUACCUGGCACAAGUCACGUCUAACAUCUGGGGAACAAAGUUCAAAAUAGUCGGACUUGCCUCGUUCUUACCAGCCAACCUCGGUGCAGUCAUCUACAAGACCAGCUUGCUACAUUUGCAGCCGAGACAGAUGACGAUCUACCUUCCAGAAGUGAGGAAGAUCUCUCAUGACUUCAUGAGCCUGCCGGUGUUCAACCCCAAUGUCUUCAGUGAGGACGAGGACGACUUACCAGUGAUGGGGCCGUCCGGGGUGUCUGGAGAUAACCCUCCCUGCACCGUCAACAUUCCCAUCGCUCCCAUCCACAGCCCGGCUCAAGCCAUGUCUCCAACUCAGAGUAUCGGCCUGGUUCAGUCUCUUCUUGCUAAUCAGAACAUCCAACUCGAUGUCUUGACCAAUCCGACGGCCACAGCUGCAGUAGCAGCUGCGGCGGCGGCAGCCUCCGCCCCUGCCACCGAUCACAGCCAGGAUGCCGUCGCCACACCUUACCCCGUGCCGAGUAGAUACUCAAACCCUGGCCAGGGCAUCUUCAGUGGGAUGGAGAUGGGUCCCCUUCUCCCUGGUACUCUACCUCCUCCACCGCCUCCUCACCACCUGCCGCCGCAGCCGCACUCGCAGCGCUCUCAUUCGCAGACGCUUCGCCAGCCGCCGCCUAAACAGUCGCAGCUGCAGCAGCAGCAGAAAACUCAUCACCAUCAACAGCAGCAGCAACAGCACCACCAUCAGUCCCAGUCGCAGCAACAGCUGCAGCUGCAGCAGCAACAGCUGCAGCAGCAGCAGCACCAACAGCUGCAGCAGCAGGUGCACCACCAACAACAGCUGCAGCAGCAGCACCAACAGUUGCAGCAGCAGCACCAACAGCUGCAGCAGCAGCACCAACAACAGCUGCAGCAGCACCAGCAUCAACAGCUGCACCUCCAGCAGCAACAGCACCAACAAGACCAGGUGCAGCAGCAGCACCAACAGCAGAUGCAACAGGGCCAACAGCAGGUGAGCAGCGGCCACCAGCUGCAGCAUCAGCAUCAGCAUCAGAUCCAGCAGCAGCAGCAGCAGAUGCAGAUGCAGCACGAGCAGAUGCAGCAGCAGCAGCAGCAGAUGCAGCAGCAGCAGCAGCAGAUCAGGCAGCAGAUCCAGGAGAUGAGGCAGCAGCAGCAGCAGCUGCAGCAGCAGCAUCAGCAGAUCCAGCAGCAGCAUCAGCAGAUGCAGAGGCAGCACCAACAAAUGCAGCAGCAGCUGAAGAUGCAGAUGUCGCUGCCUCCUCCUCCAUCCGGCUAUCCGACCAUUUCCCUGCAACAGGUCCAUAUCCUUCCUCAGAUGCCGCCCCCUUCGACCGACCCGAGACUCGACAGAUUGGAGCAUGCGCACACGCUGAAGCCCAGCCUCCCGCGGACUCUACCUCCCUCCUUCGCCGACGCAGACGGGUCUUUGGAGAUCCAGAUGAGGAAGGUAAACCCUCCCCCACCCUACCCGGGAACUGUAGUGUCUGCUGCUGCAGCUACAGCAGCUGCUACCCCUCAAACGCUCGUCACCAACUGUGACAGCCCGAGUGUCCUGGCGCCUGAUCCCUGCCUGAAGAAGGACGAGUUUUUGCUUCACCCCAUCACUCUGCAAUACCCAACACCUCUGGGGUACGAGAGGAUCACAACCUUCGACAGCAGCGGCAACGUGGAGGAGGUCUGUCGGCCGCGCAGGCGCCUCAUUCGCAACCAGAACACGUACACCGUCCACAGCAUCGGGGGGUCGGCCACACUCAAAGUCACUUCCUCAGACAGCAAAAAAAUUCAGCUCCCGUACAGCUCGGCAACUCUUAGUCGUCUGUCCGUCCCUCGAUACUCCAUACCCAGUGGAGACCCCCCUCCUUAUCCCGAUCCUGCCAAUCAAGUGACCGCCACGCUCCCUGCGCCUCAGAGGAUCAACAGCAACCUGAUUCACGCCACCCUACGUCGUGACCGCAGAGACACGGGGCUCAAAGUGCCCCAGAUGAUGGAGAGCUCCCGGACACUCCCCACCAAGGCCAAAAUGAACAGUGCAUUAUCGCUCUCCUACCAGCAGAGGGCGCCCACCGCAUUGUACACGUGCACGCAGUGCAGCAGCAACAGCAGCAGCACCAGCGUGAGCGUGAGCGGCGGUGGACCCACCAGCAGCGGGAUCGCCGGUGGCACGGUGGUGAGGCAGGACUUCCCGCCGGGGAAAGGAGCCCACCACAGCACCAUCAUCGUGCACUCCAAAAGUGCCUCGCCGCUGGCGUCCCAGUCGUCCUACAGCCUGCUUGGCACCAUGGACAACAGCCGGGACAGAACCGUGUACGUCAACUCUGCCUUCACGGAAGACGAGACUCUGAAUCAGCAGUGUCACCUGGAGAAAUCGGUGCGUCAGCUGACUCUGGCCGACGUCAGCUUGACAGUCAAACGCCCUCCGCCUUACCAGUGGGACGCCUCCGCCGCGGACGACUUCUGGCUGAGUGCGGACCAGACCAUGCUAGCCGCGCCGCCGGGGCCCCAUAAACCGCCUCCGCUCAUCAUCGGCCAGGGUCAGCACCUGGACAUGUCUCGCCUUCCCUUCGUCCUCACGACCAAACCUCCCGCCAGUCCUGGCACCGGCACUCUGGCCUUCCCGUCGGGGUACCAGAUCGCCCUCUCGCCGUUCCCCCCGAGCGUGGGCCACGGCGGCCCCCCGCUGCAGACCUUACAGAAUCCCCCGCCUCAGUGUCCUCCCAACGAAGUGGUCACCCCGGUCUCUUUUGCUCAGCAGGACCCCGGUUUAGUUUUGCCGCCAGGCUACCCCCCUAACCUGGCCAACCUGGCCUGCUGCCCCCUGCCGCCCCUGUACCCCGGAGCCAGCUCAUGCGCCGGCCUCCAGCUGCACCCCGUCAGCCUCCACCCCUGGAACCCUUAUCCCUGCCCGCCGCCCCUGCAGGACCCCCCGGCGCCCCCCCUGCCGACCAAAAACCAUCAGGUUUUAGAGAAGCCGAUCCUGUCCCCACCUCCGCCCACCGCUCCGCCGCCACCGCCUCCCUUGCCGCCGCCUCCUCCGCCCACCGAGUUGCUGCCGUCCAAAAGUGCCGCGGAAGAUCUAGCAGAGUCUUCCAACGGCUUCCCGGAGCCGUCGUCCCUGAACGAGAGCCCCGUCCCGCAGGAGAGCGAGCGCUUCAACAAGAAGAGCCGCAAGCGGCUGGACAGCCGGCCGGACGAGGCCAACGUGCCCACCGUCUCCGAGGGCCGGUCCAGGAAGGACGGGCGCGGCGGGCUCCCCGACUUCAACAGCCUCAUCUCCAGCCCUCGGCUCGGGAGCCGGGAGAAGAAGAAGCCCAAGGGGCAGAGGGAGCAGCCCAACAAGACGAAGAAGAUGAGCCGGACGGCCAACGAGUUCCAGGACAGCUCGGAGAGCGAGCCGGAGCUGUUCAUCAGCGGCGACGAGCUCAUGAACCAGAACCAGAGCAGCAAGAAGAGCUGGAAGAACAAGCGCAGCCUGCGCAUGGCCAGCGAGCUGGAGGAGAUCAAGUGCCGCAAGGCCAACGAGAGGGAGGACCGCAGCCUCGGCAGCCAGGGGUUCGUCUACGUCAUGGCCAAUAAGCAGCCGCUGUGGAACGAAGCCACGCAGGUGUACCAGCUGGAUUUCGGCGGCCGAGUCACUCAGGAGUCGGCCAAGAAUUUUCAAAUAGAGCUGGACGGUAGACAGGUGAUGCAGUUUGGGCGGAUCGAUGGAAACGCCUACAUCUUGGAUUUCCAGUAUCCUUUCUCGGCAGUGCAGGCGUUCGCUGUGGCCUUGGCCAACGUGACCCAGAGGCUGAAGUGACGGGAUUGUUGUACCGUUGCACCGUUGUUGUACCCCACUCCGACAUGCGGGGGAACAACCGAGUAACUGAAGUCCAGGUUUGGGUGUACAGAUGAGUCGCAGCCCGUGGUUUAAACGUCUUUUAGGUCGGUGUUGAUGGAAACUGUCAGUUUCUCCAUCAUUUCUCCAGAAUCUUCUUUUUGUUUUUAGUAUUCAACAACUCUUUGAUUUUCAAAAAUGCCCAAAAAACAACAACUUUGUGGUACUUUUGAAACUUUUCAGGAGGUUCAGUGCCAUGUUUCAACUGCAAAGUAAUACCCGUACAGUUGUAUCUGCAAUUCAGAAUAUAUCGUGUCACUAAGCCAUCCCUCGUGAGAUGUGACACCUUCUCAACUGAAUCUGAAGUAAUUUAGUGAGCUUUCUUUCUUUUUUAUUUAGAUGUAUUUAUUUAUUCGGUCAGUGCAACGUGAAGGUCGGAGCACAGAUUUGCUAUCGCUCCCAUGUUUUCUGUCCCCUCUAAGAAGUGGUGCAAUGAAUGUGAUCAAUCAUAUUGUCAUAAUUAAUAUUCUGAGGCAUUUAUAUUCAUUUUGUUUUCAUUUUGCAACAUUUUUUUCUUCAAACGCCCUGCCCCCCUCAGCGCUGGGUGAAGUGAUCAGUAAUGCAUUAAGAGAGCCAGAUGUGGCCCGAUGUGUUCGGCUGACGGAGAGCCGUUCGCAUUCGCUCUGAAUCUUUUUAACUGGGUGUUCAUGACACUACUUGAAUUCUGCAUUUGAAUGUGAAAGUCCUGUAGUUUGCCUCUAUGAAAAUCAGUGCUGCUUUAGAUACGUAGAGCUUGUGUGCAGCGAUGCCACCUGCACAGAACCGGCAUCGUACCUGCAAAAAAGGAAAAUACAAAGCUGCUUGCCCUGUAUAGUUCAGCAAGCGGCCUCGCGUCACUAUGUGCUUAGAAAAUGCGCUUAUAUGUUCCUAAUUUCAUUAUUUUUGUACUUCACCUUUGCUUUGACAUGGUACAUUGAAUUUUGUGACGUCUUACAUACAGGACUGUCUCAGAA